AUGUGGAUACCUUCGAACAAUAAAUACGGAGUUGCCAUCCACAACUGGCAUGGCGAUGUCCGGUUUGGUUUGCCACUGGACGUCGGCGAUUCCGUGGACAUUGUGGAGGAGUGCAAGCACUGGUAUCGCGGCUCCUGUCCCCGAAAAUCGCGGGCAGUGGGUCUCUUUCCCAAAACCUAUAUACACAUCAAGGACCUGUCCAAAAUCGAUCCCGUGGUCGCCGAAUGCACACAGGUCCUGCGAGAAUGGUCGGAGAUCUGGAAGCGUCUCUAUGUGGAUCGCGAGGCUUACAAGUUCCAAACCCUGCGAAAGGUUAUGUUUUCCAUAUUGGAAAGUCGACGGGAACUUUUGAGUGCCACCAUGACUCAGGACCAAACACUGGAGCUUCAGAUGGUUGUGGUUUCGAAAAUAGAUUGGGGCAAUCGCAAACUAGGUCUUGACUUGGUGCCCAGAGAGGGACCUCUGGCGGUGGAUCCACAUGGCAUUGGCAUUGUCAAGCUCUACAAUGUUCACGUGAGCAGUGCUGAUAACGCCAAGGCCUCAUCGAGUCGGGGAACUUUGAGGCGUAAGACGCAGCGAAAGAUUCUCACCCACCAUCUAUACUUUUGCAUGCGCGAUUUCGGCCAUCGGAUAGGUGGCGAUGAUGCAGAGGUCUACUUCUUUCUCUACGAUGGAAGUCACAUGCGACCGCUCUCGGAAAGGUUUCUGGUCAAGAUCUCAAAAGAUGGUUUCUCCAAUUACAUCGAAAGGUUGCACAGCAACUGCACGGUGUUUACUGAUCUGGGUGCCGCUGAUCUCAAUGAAGAUCUUCACCUUGUGGCCGUGGUUAUGCGAGUGGGCAAGAUCAUUCAAUCGGACUCCAUCAAGAAGAUCGAGAAGAGUGGAACCUUAGGCCAUGGACCCACUUUUCGUCGUCCGUUUGGAGUGGGUGUUCUUUCCCUUGGCGAUAUUGCGCAUUUUGAUAAUAGUCUGGAGCAAUCCUCCGAUGAGCGGGAGUAUAACUUCAAGCUGUUCCAGAGCGAGGAGAAGGACUUCCACCUGCUGCCCGAGUUGAUUAUCAAGAAGUCGAGUGGAAAGUACUCGCCCAUUCAGACUAGUCAGGGAACGCAAGGAAUCGUUGUUUCCCUGAAACUUCUGCACGGUGGAUUGGGACAAGCCAAGCAGGAGCAGCCGUUGCUCUUCCAGGGAUCCACGAUUACCAGGAAGAUGGGCUUCCCGGAUGUCAUAAUGCCCGGAGAUGUUCGCAAUGAUCUUUUCCUGACUCUGGAGCGUGGAGAGUUCGAGCGCGGUGGAAAGAAUACGGGGAAGAACAUCCUCGUCACGGUUGUGGUGCUCGAUGUAACGGGCAAUGUCCUGACCGAUUGCCUUUGGGGUGCCUCCGGCAUGGACUCCCAGCCGCAGUACCGAUCCAUGAUCCUGUACCACCAAAAUGCUCCCAGUUGGAACGAAAUGCUGCGGCUAAGUGUGCCCAUCGACAAGUUUGCCACGGCUCAUGUGAGAUUUGAAUUCAGGCACUGUUCCACGAGGGAUAAGACGGAACCCAAGCUGUUUGCCUUCAGCUUUGCAAGACUCAUGGACACCGGAGGAGCCACACUGGGCGAUGGUCAGCACGAGUUGUAUGUGUACAAGUGCGAGGAUCCUGCGAAACUGCAGGCUUCCAAUUAUCUUAGGUUGCAGUGCAGACCGCGGGAUGCACAGGCCAAAAUGGAUUGUGGCGGUUGCUUCAGUCGUAGCUCCAAGGAGUUGUUUGUCCUGCGAUCCCUGCUGUGCUCCACAAAACUCACCCAGAAUGCAGAUCUCCUCUCGCUGCUGCAGUGGCGCACAUAUCCCGAAACGAUCCAGGAUUCGCUGACGGGAGUCCUGCGAUUGAACGACGAAGAGCUGGUCAAGUUCCUGCAGGAUGUGCUGGAUGCAUUGUUUGCCAUGUUCUCUAAUGAGGAAGGUAACAGCACCCAGCACUCGGGCCUGGUCUUCCAUGUUCUCGUAAGCAUCUUCAGUCUGCUCCAGAGCAACAAGUUUCAACAUUUUCGGCCGGUGAUGAACGAGUAUAUCGAGAAUCAUUUUGCGGCCGCUUUGGUCUAUAAAGGACUCAUAACCUCCGUGGAACACAUGGCCGUAUUCAUGACCAAGGCAGAGCACCCGGAUCCAUUUCAGAAAUGUUUUGGUUCGCUGGAGUACAUAUUCAAGUUGCUAAUCCAGUCGAGGAAACUGUUUGCAAGGGCCACGGGUGGUCAGUAUGAGGACUCAUUCCGGAGGGACCUGCACUCCCUUUUUACGGCCCUCAAUGGAAUGCUGGCUGUGCCAUCGUACGACGUCAUCAUACCCACCCAAGAGGCGCUGCUUAAUUCCACGGGAGUGGUGCUGGAGCAGCUGAAGGACACGUUGCCGGCUCCAGAGUUGGGCAUGCUGGCGAGGAAUAUGCUGGACGCCAUUCCCAGGGGAGCGCCCAUUCGGCUUAUUCAGGCGAAAUUACAUGCUGUCAAGGAUCUGGUGUCGGGGGAACUGUUCCAUGAGGAUGAUUCCCGCACUGUGGUUCUAUCCGUGGCCUGCAAGCACCUGCGCAUGCAUCUCAGUCGCCGGGAUGAACUGCGUCUGUGUGCUGAGAUUCUCUCAGAGAUUCUUAGCCAACUUCACGAUUUACAGAAGGAGCAGCGCGACAAGGUGACCAACACACUGCAGCACGACCUGGACUCGCUGUGCAAGAAUAUACUGGGCAUCCUCAUCCGAACUAUUAGCAUUAUAAUGGAGGGAUCCAAUGCAGUGCUGCCCCAGUUGGUCUCCUGUCUUCUGGGAUUGUUGCAGCUGCUCGACGAGACCCAUUACAAGCGCUACUGGGACGAGCUGAGUCCCAACAAAGACCCGCGUGAUUUGAAGGAGUUCCUUAGCAAAUCCCUGCUGGUGUACGGGGAGCUUUUGACCCAGGACUGGCAUGUGUUCCCCAACGAUUGGCUGGUAAUGAAGCUGGCCGCCAACGAUGUGCUGCGCAUGUCGCUGGAGGAGUUCGCCAAGCCGCUGGUCUACAGAUUCCUUGGACCCCAGGCCUUCGAUUCGCAGCUAUGGUGGAACUAUUUCAGUCUGGCUGUUGCUUUUCUGACCCAGCCCUCCCUGCAGUUGGAGCAAUAUAGAGAGCCCAAGCGACUGAAGAUACUGCAUUCGAAUGGCGACAUGCGGGUGCUCAUGGGCUUCCAGAUACUCAGCAUGUGGUCGCAGCUGGGCGAGCAAAAGCUACACUUUAUUCCCUCGAUGGUGGGUCCAUUCCUGGAGGUCACUUUGGUGCCAGAGCCCGCUCUGCGGAAGGCCACUCUCACGGUCUUUUACGACAUGAUGCAGUGCGAGCAGGCUGCCCGCGGUUCGUUCCGCCUGGUGGAGAGCGAACUGAUUGACAAGCUGGACCUGCUCAUCAGCGAGAACAAGGGCGACGACGAGUACAGGGAGCUAUUCAGCACCAUGGAACAUCUCAGCUUGGUUUUGCUGGAGAAAGUCCAAGUGGAGAAUCCCAACUGGAAGGAGGCUGGUAUUGCCUUUAUAGCAUCAGUCACCCGACUUUUGGAGCGACUUUUGGACUAUCGUAGUGUCAUGCAGGGCGAGGAAAACAGGGAUAAACGUAUGACCUGCACCGUAAACCUCCUCAAUUUCUACAAAAACGAAAUCAAUCGAAAGGAAAUGUACUUGAGAUACAUCUACAAGUUGCACAAUCUGCAUCUACAGGCGGAGAAUUAUACAGAGGCUGGCUUUACUCUAAAACUUUAUGCCUCCAUGCUGAGUUGGGAUCGGGAGACCCAAAGCUUUGCUCCCUUCGACAACAGUGGUCAACCAGAGUGGCAGCGCAAAGAGCGACUUUAUCAUGAGAUCCUCAAAUACUUCGACAAGGGAAAGUGCUGGGAGAAGGGCAUUCCGCUGUGCAAAGAACUUGCUCAGCUCUACGAAACACGUCGCUUUGACUACAAUAAAUUGAGUGAAAUACUCAUUCAGGAGGCCAAGUUCUUCCAGAAUAUCCUAACUCAAUUGCGACCCGAGCCGGAAUAUUUCCGUGUGGGAUUCUAUGGCAUGGGACUGCCGCUUUUUGUGCGGAACAAGCAAUUUGUCUAUCGUGGAUUGGAGUACGAGCGAAUUGGAGCCUUCACACAGCGUUUGCAAACCGAGUUUCCCAGUGCCCAGAUUCUGGCCAACAAUAGUCCGCCGGAUAGUGCCAUUCUUAAUGCUCCGGAUCAGUACAUACAGAUCAGCAAUGUCAGACCCGUUGGGGAUGCACAGGCCUUAAAAACCGCAAUGGUUCCGGUGCCGGAGAAGAUCGCCCGUUUCUAUGAGGUCAACGAUGUGACCCGGUUUAUCUACGAUCGUCCCAUGUACAAGGGAACGGUUGACAAGGACAACGAGUUCAAGUCGUUAUGGAUAGAGCGCACCAUCCUCGAGAUUGCCAGUCCUCUGCCGGGAAUUCUACGGUGGUACGAGGUGAAACAGAAGACCAUGCAGGAGCUAACGCCGGUGGAGUACGCCUGCGAGAUUAUCAGCAAUGCUGGCAAGGAACUCUCCGAGCUGAUUGUGCAGUACAAACGUGAUCCGAAGAGGAACAUUAAUCCCUUUUCGAUGCGUCUUCAGGGCACAAUCGAUGCCAAUGUCAUGGGCGGUAUAAGCAAGUAUCAGGAGGCCUUUUUCUCCGAGCAGUUCCUCAAAUCGCCUCAGGGUGCUGGCCAGCAGGCGAAUGUGCAGAGGCUAAAGGUGCUGAUUCUCGAACAGAUUCAGAUCCUGGAGCAGGCCCUGGAGCUGCACGGUCAGUUGGCACCCAGUGGUGUCCAACCGCUGCACAAUCGUCUCCUGGAGCGCUUUUCCCAGCUAAAACAGAGUUUAUCCGGCAUGGGCAGGCUGAAACGACAGCAUUCGGAGAGCAUUGUAAACACUCCGCUGCCACCGCUGCCCACGGAACAGAGAGUGGCCCAGGCCACAGCUUCCACUAGCUUGAGUGCCAACUCACACUCCAACUAUGUAUAUGAUCUGGACGAGAUCUAUACGAGACCGGGAGACACUCUGCGGCCCGUCGAUCCACUUAGCUCCUAUCAAACGCUGAGCAAAGAGAGCCUCAGUAUUCCCCUGGAGGAUGCUGCAGCUCCACCAGUACCAAAUCGUCCACGCUCACAGAACUUUAUGGGCAAUGGAUCCAUUGAUAGCCCCGAAGUUCCGCCCAAGCGACAGCCAACAGUGAAUUCCCCCAACGCGCCACCGUUGCCACCGAGAGGUAUUACACCCGAUAAGAGGGCUUCGAAUCCGAUGAUAUUCAACGACUUUGGCACCGCCGAUUCGGUGGGUCGUCGUCACUCGCAACAGCAGCAGCAGCAUGGUCAGAAGUACUCUGUGGUGGACAUUAGCUACGACGAUCCGGAAGCUGAUCAGCAACCGCACUCGUUGCCCCCGAACUUUCAGGACGGAAGCGGAGGACACCUGAGCGUCUGCUUUGCCCCCAAUGACUUCCGGGACUCGGGCAUCUCGACGACCAGCUCCAGGGAACUGAACCACAUGAAUCUCAACAACCUGAGCGAGGACUCCUCAUCGAUUUCGGCGAUCACAGUGCAGCAUCGGGAGCACUGUCGCAUUAGCAGUAAUGGUAGUUUGGAUUACAACGCCACCGCUUCGAUGAACAUCACACAACGGGAGAGUUCGACGAGUUCGUUCGAUGUGGAGGAUUUCCCAGUGCCACCGCCGCCAAUUCCGCCCAAAUCCUUGGCCGUGUCGAGCAACGGGGUCAGCACUGGGGACGAUGAGGCCCACUCACCGCACCCCAGCACACAAGCGCACACCACACAACUCCAUAACAGUCAGAAUCAAAAUCAUUCCACAAACAGUCACCAUAAUCAGCAGCAGCAGAAUGGAGAUGGCGAUGGUUAUAGCGUGCUGCAGCACCAGGUCAAUGGCCUGGGGCUAGCUACUCUUCCACAACCGCCUGCUGCUGCUGCUGCUGCUGUUGAGGCACCACUUCUACUACCGGCAUCUGCAAUCGCCUCAUCCUCAUCUAGUCAUCAGCACGAUGGCGGCACUUUUUGAGUUACAAUAUGUCGCUGCCAUCAUCCACCCGAUCAGCCUCAUCAGCCACACAAGCCAUCCUCAUCCACAUCGACCUCGGACAGCACGGCCACGGAUACGGCUUCGGAAUCCACGGAGUCCAGUUCGUCUACCCACUCGAUGACGCCGCCACCACCGCCUCCUCCGCCGCCAGUCAGUCAGUUCCAUCAUCAGCAGAUACCGGUCACACCUCACUACUGCCAGGACUGUCUGUCCUCGCCAUCGCCACCGCCCACAAUCAUCACAGAGCAGGCCCAAGUGCAUGCCAUGCCGGGAUUGACAACCCCACAGCCCCACAUCGAGCACUGCUCCUGUGGGCUUAGUUUCUCAGUGGUGCAGGAUCAGCAGGACCAGCUCGGUCCCAGGCUGCUCUCCUCGAGGUUCUCCACACUGGAGCGGCAGUCCGAUGGCUUUCAAGUGGAACGGGUAUCCGGCUGCCAACAUCAUCAUCACCAGCAGAGUCCCAUCUACCAUCUCCCCCAAGGCAGUCAGGAUGCACAUGCUCAGACGGAUUUCACCUACGCGCAGCGCUAAAAGAUAUAUCUAUAUAGUCAAAGUGGGGGAGUCUUAGCGACCCACAGAGAGUGAGAUUGAAUUUCGCUUAGUUUUUUAACCUUAUUGUUUACCUAUGUUAUUAGAAAUGCUCUCCAUAGAAUCCCCCGCGUUCAUUUUGAACUACUUUUAAUCUAAUUAUUUUUGGUGCCAAAUUUUUGCUGCAAGUCCAAAGCGCAAUAUAAACAAGUGUUGUAAUGAUAGGUUGCUAUACAAUUUUAUUAAUUUUAAUAUUAAUUUUAUUUUACAUUUAUAUUUAUAUUUAUAUUUAUACGGGAAUUGUCGCUAAAGUUACUAAGAAUAUUUAUUUAAGAGAAUAAAGAUGAACACAUUUUUAUAA